ACGGUAUGUAGCUACUCAGAAACAACUCAUGUAUUUGGAAGUUAAACAAAUAGCACAAAUGAACCAAUUAGACUACAAAUGAACCAAUUACGAACUGAGAGUCACAACGUCGACAAGUUUUUGGUGACUUGUGUUAACUUUCAGUCUGCGAAAAACGACUUGGGAACAGUCUGUUUGGUACAGGAUUUGGGCAGCAGUAGUGAACAUCAAUAUCGAGACAUGAGUGUGGAUAAAAAAGGGAACAGGGUAGCCACCCCCAGUAGAAACCAGAUAGCACUAGCAGAGAUGAAGUCAGUGGCCAAUCAGGAGCCGAGGCUGAAGAACUACUUGACAACACAGAGACACGCUUGUUAUAUCCCUGUUGAGCCGCCCAUUCGACGCCCGCAAAUUCUAAAAUAUAUGCCAAGCAUAGACGAUAAAGGUCAACUGCCGGUUCCAGCCAAAGCACUGGACAUGCACCGAGCAUACCCCAACCACCACCUGGACAUUUCUCAAUUCAAAUGGAAAUGAGGAUAUUUUCCAAAAAAAAACAGAAAACAACAGUACAAAGAAACUUUUUCAUAGACUUGCUAAUUUUUUCCCCAGCUAAAUCACAGUAGAUUAUUCGAAAUGAAUGAUUUAGUAGCUGAUAUAUUGAUAAAUCUCAAAAAUGAGUUUAUCUUAUUUAGGACGGUUUGAUGUUUGAAAAAGAGUAAAAAGAGUAUAGUAGAAGUGAC